AUGGUUUUAAAAUGUUGUGUUAAAAAGUUUACCUUACCACUGUACAGUGAUCAUCAAAAUUUGUAUGAUAAAAAAUGUUUCGAUUUUGUAAUAUCUAAGGAGCAUAAAAGGGAUGUUAAAUAUGAAACAUAUAUAAAGCUGGAUGAACAUAUUACAUCAUACAUGGAUUUUGAUACAUAUAAAUCAUCAUGUGAAACAAAAAAAAAAAAUAGUGAUGUAAAUAUGAUCGGAAAUGUUCAAGUUCCUUUUAAUUGUACAUUAAGAAAUGAGUACAUGGCAAUUACCGGGAUUACUAUGAUGCAUUAG